CUUUCUCUCUCUUAGUUCCCUUAAUUUUACUUUUGAUUUUCUCUCUCUCUCUCUCUUCCCUGUUAGUUUCUCUGUUUGUACUGUCCUCCAGAAGCUCUUUCUGAUCUGUUUCUCUCUCCAUCUCUAUUUCAAGAUUGUUUCUCUUGGUGGCAUCAAACAUUGGCAGUACACACCAGUUGGGCUGAGCUAAAAACAGUAGGGUUUGAACAAAGUCCCUCCCAAGUUCAAUAAAAGUUCUCAUCAGUGCAAAAGCAUCAAAAUGGUGGAUGGAGUACCAAAAGUAGUACAGAAUCUAAAAAUGGGUCUUUAAUCUUUGUUGAGGCUAUUGAACAAUUGGGCUUUUGGUGUCACCAUUUUUUGUGAGACAACUUUAAGAGGGCAAUUAGGCUUUUGGGGGUCUCCAUUCUUGGUUGGCUACUUUUACGAUUCUGUUGAGGAGAAAUGGAUAUGGGUGGCACUGAUCAUUUUCAACAGGAAAAAAGGAAUGAAGAUCUUAGGAACUACCAUUCUACCAAUUUGUCCUCGGACUGGCCAAUUGGCGGAUCCAAUCUCACAAAUUCAUCGAUGGGAUCAAUUCCUACAACCAAUCCCAUGGCAGUUUGUAAAGGAGAUGUAAUGGAGUCUCCUUCUUGUUCCUCUGGCCCCUCAUUCUGCCCAACAACAGUUUGGGACCACCCCACCAAUACCCAAAACUUGGGUUUCAGUGACAUUAAUUUGCAGAGCAGUGCUGGCGCUUCAAACACACUGGGAUUUAGAAAAGGCCCUCUGAGUAUUGAGAGAACACUUGAUAUGGGUUGGGCUCCACAAAAUUCAACGGUGAAAGGGGGUAUGUUUUUACCAACUGGUCCUGGAAUGAUUCCUCAGAGCUUGUCUCAGUUUCCAUCUGAUUCUGGUUUCAUUGAGCGAGCGGCGAGGUUCUCGUGCUUUGGUGGGGGGAAUUUUGGUGAUAUGAUGAACCCUUUUAGUAUUCCUGAAUCUAUGAAUCCUUAUGCUAGGGGUGCAUCAUCGGUGAUGCAACGAAUGCAAGAGGUAUUUGUGGGAAAUGGGUUGAAAUCUGUAUCUAGUGGGCAAUCCCAGAAAAAUGAGGUGAACAUGGUUGAAGCUUCCAAAGAUGUUUCUAUGUCGGUUGAAUUGGGGGCUACUGAAGGGAGCCCACUCAAGAAUGAGAGGAAGAGCGAGAGCAUUUUGCGGUCUCAUGAUGAAGCAAAACUAGGUGUUGGUGUGUCCGGUAACGAUUCUGAUGAAGCCGAAUUCAGUGGUGGUGGUGGUGGUGAAGAGGAGCCUUCUUCUUCCAAAGCAGUCGGUUUGAAGAAAAGGAAGAGAAGUAGUCAGGAUAAUGAAACUACAAAGGAUAACACUGAAAUUCAGCGAAAGGGAGAUCAAACCCCAACUUCAACAACCAACAAGCCUAGUGGAAAACAUGUUAAACAGGGGUCUCAAGCUUCGGAUUCACCAAAGGAAGAGUACAUACAUGUUAGAGCACGAAGAGGCCAGGCAACUAACAGCCACAGUCUUGCAGAAAGAGUUAGAAGGGAAAAGAUCAGUGAAAGGAUGAAGCUUCUUCAGGACAUUGUUCCUGGUUGCAGCAAGGUCACGGGAAAGGCAGUUAUGCUUGAUGAAAUCAUUAACUAUGUGCAGUCACUACAACGACAGGUUGAGUUUCUGUCUAUGAAGCUUGCAACAGUUAAUCCACGCCUGGACUUUAAUGUUGAAGGGCUCCUUGCAAAAGAUAUUCUUCAGUCACAAGCUGGUCCUUCAUGUACGCUAGGUUAUUCACCCGAUAUGACUAUGCCCUUUCCUUCUCUGCUUCCAUCCCAACCAGGAUUGACCCAGACAGGCCUUCCUGGCAUGUCAAACUCUUUGGACGCACUUCAGAGAUCACUUAAUUCCCAAUUAGCAGCCAUGAGUGGAGGAUACAAGGAGCCUACUCAGGUACCCAACAUGUGGGGUGAGGAUGAGCUUCACAAUGUUGUCCAUAUGGGCUUUAACUCCAGUGCUCCACUCGACAGCCAAGAUUUAACUGGGUCUACGCCACCAGAGCAUAUGAAAGUCGAACUUUGAAUUUGUGUCUUUCAGUGCCAGUCUCCAUUGUUUCUCCAUUUGAGCUUUAAUAUAAAUGCUACCAAAAAGUUCUAAUUCAUUCUAUCUCAAGAGAAUUGUUUGAUGGGCGAGGAUUUGUGGGUUGAAGGUGUCGAUUACUCAACAAAAUCAAUUGAUAUGUUGUAGAGGAAGUUGAAAUAUGGUGGUUGUGUUUCUAACUUACAUGUAUUUGUCUGGGAUGGGGUUUCAAAGGAGAUCGGAGUCGAAACCAUAGAAGUGUACUUGCUCAAUUUAGGAAGGGAGAAGUUUGAAGAUGUAUAUGUUAAUUAUAUAUUGACCAAUGAAUGUGAGGUUUUAUUCAUGUUUACUUCAUAAAUUUCUUCCUAGGAGUAUUUAUUAUUA